AUGAAUGUGGUCAGCUUCCCAUCGUGCAAAAAUAUUAUUGGAAACGACAAAGAAAACCUUUUGAUCGCUGCAGGCGGAGAAACAACUGUUGACGCGAAAGAUGGAGAUAACACCCUCGUGAGUACCCGCGGUAGACAUGAGUUGAUUGGUGGUCCAGGAACUGACACAUACGUUCUCCAUGGCCCUGAGGUAGUCGAUUAUUUGACAAUUUCCGUGGUAAUGGGUGAUGACGGUAACACCAUUCGUUGUAAAACAACUAUUUAUGGAAAAUGGAUGGAGACAGACGGAAGACUUGAAAUUGACAUUUUAAAACAUGAUCAUGCAGAUGUUCUUUUGAGCACGGUUGAGAUUAUUCCAGCCGAAGAUGACGCGGGAAAGAACUUGGGAACCAUUUCUAAAGAUCAUUCCAACAGGAAGAUCAUCUAUCAACCUGGAUCAAAUUUUAAUUCCUUGAAGAGGAAUCAAGCCAAAGUAUUGAGAGUAAACUACACAACAACGGGGAGCAUAGAAACAAUCAACGAAGGGGAUGAUGGCAAUCAACUACGUUUUGAGUCCAUAAGGAGUCUUGACCAUUUAGCAGCAAGUAUUGAAGAUGAUAAACUGGUAUUCAAGGAUAAGUCGAAUCCUCCACGAACUGUCUUUAUUGACAAUGAAUGGGGCAAUAAACUCAAGAGCGGAAUAUCAACAAAUUUGUUUGAUCUCAUCAUAGACUUUGCCCAACGCUUCCCAUUAAUGCUCUUUCGAAAAAAUGACCAAGAAUUUAAUCGAGCAACGGCAAAACAGACAAUAACGUUCCUGUACGAACAACUGAAACACCUUGAGAGUGCCCUUGGACAAGAGCUCGACACAAUCCUUGAUUCUACAUCCCUUCCUUCUACUGUUGGCAACGAAAUUGACGUUGGAAAUGGCCAGAAUAUUGUCCUUGCAAAAACAAGAGGAAAGACUUACAAGCUUGGUAGGAAAUCAUCCGGAAGCAUCAUCGUAGCUAAUAAAUUUACACAAGGCACAGGAAAGUCAACCAUUACAGGCGGAGACGACCGUAACAGUCUCAAUGCAGUCGUUGUUGGUGUUGGAUCUGGUGGAGUGGUAGAGAUUUUUCACAUGGGACCACAUGAUGUGAUCGUCACUGAUGCUCUCCCGAACGAAGUUCAAUUCUAUCGUGACAGUGAUGAUAAAAUUUGUCUUAAAGAUUUCCAGCAGCGAGAUUUGAUCAAAGGAUGGUCCACUGGCAACUGCAAAAGGUUGAUUUUCAAGAAAUCGGAAAACACUAAGAUCAUUGUCAAUUGUCAGGAAUACAUAUCAGGUAGAAUCUACUCGUUUGUUCAGGAGUAUCCCAUCAUCGUCUCAUAUGGUGCAGCUCAAACUUAA